CUCGUCUCCACUUAAAGGAUUAUUCCACAUCAAUCCUAUAUAUCUGUUACUGACUAGUGAAGUGAUGACACAACAUUUAUGAACAGGGUUGAAAUCACAUCCGGCUACGAUUUGUUAGAUGGGUUCAAACAUUUCUCUCGCAACCCUUCUUCCUCCGUUAUCAAUCUUACUAUCAAGGUUCAACAACAGGCAACGAUAUGAUAAAGAAUUUGAACAAGCAUUACUGGAUAUGGAAACAGAUAGUUUUUCAUUCGGGUUUGAUCACCUUCCAGACAACAUCAUUCUCCAAAUCGUUUCCUACCUCAAUUCUCAAGACUGCGUAAAAGCUUCCAUGUUGUGCAAAAAAUGGUAUAACGUUUGUCAGGACCGUUCUCUUUGGAACAAAAUGGAUUUCUCCUCAAAAUCUGCAAUUAGUAGUAAUGUAAAACUCAAAGACAAAGACAUAAUUUGUCUUAUCAUUCGUCUUCCAGUUGCGGUUGUAAGCGCUAUUGACUUUUCUGGUCACUGUUGUCGCUCUUUAACGAACUUUACUCUCUUUCAUAUCGCUAGAAGAUGUCAUCUACUUCAUACUUUAAAUCUCUCCAACUGCAAAUUGGUUACUGAUACUGGGCUUGAAAUUAUUACGAAAAAUUGUCCCUUUAUUGAAAACCUAGAUAUAAGCAGCUGCAGCGCCAUUACGGACGAGGGAGCUAUCUUUACAGCGCGGACAUUGCGAGUUCUAAAGACUCUAAACGUAAGUGGCAAUUCUUGGAUUUCUAACCUACCAUUUUUUUACUUUGCACGUCAUGCAAGACGUUUGGUUAACUUGAGUUUUGAGGGUUGUAAAAAGGUUACAAACGUGGGUCUACAGAUUCUAACGAAGUCUAAAACUAUCAAGCAUAUAAAUUUAAGGAAUACAGUCAGAAUUUCAAGUAGUGGUCUCAAAGUCUUCCUAGCUAAAAGUCCGUCGCUUGAGGGGUUGAAGUUAGGGUUUGGAAAGAGAAGUAUGGCAUCGAUUGACAUUUUGAAUGUGAUUCCUCGUUAUUGUAAGAAUCUUGUGUUGUUGGAUGUCCAAAACUACAAAUGUAGGAAUAUUGAUGAGAAUAUUCGUGAAAUAGCAAGAAUGAAUCCAAGGCUUCGAUAUCUUUGUGUGCGACAAAAGCUCACUCGCCUUUCUACAGAAACUAUCCAGAAUCUGGAAAAACUGUGUCCUAAUUUAUCUAAAAUUGAACAAACGUGAUAAUGCAAAGGAUAUAGUUUAUAUGAUAGUAGGAUGGUUCAAGGAUACUAAUUACUAAAUAGUACAAAAUAGUGCUAAUUAAACCGAUAGAAAACAAUG